AUGAACUCACGUGAAUUCCGGAGGAGAGGGAAGGAGAUGGUGGACUUUGUGGCGGACUACUUGGAAGGCAUUGAGGGGCGCCAGGUGUACCCCGACGUGCAGCCGGGCUAUCUUCGGGCGCUGGUCCCCACUUCUGCCCCUGAGGAGCCAGACACAUUUGAGGAUAUCAUCAAUGAUGUUGAGAAGAUAAUCAUGCCAGGGGUGACGCACUGGCACAGCCCCUAUUUCUUCGCCUACUUCCCCACGGCCAGCUCGUACCCGGCCAUGCUCGCAGACAUGCUGUGCGGGGCCAUCGGCUGCAUCGGCUUCUCCUGGGCUGCGAGUCCAGCGUGCACAGAGCUGGAGACGGUGAUGAUGGACUGGCUGGGGAAGAUGCUGAAGCUACCGGAGGCAUUUCUGGCCGGAGAGGCGGGGGAAGGGGGAGGAGUGAUCCAGGGAAGUGCCAGUGAGGCCACUCUGAUGGCCCUGCUGGCUGCUCGGACCAAAGUGACGCGCCGCCUGCAGGCCGCCUCCCCCGGGCUGACGCAGGGUGCCAUCAUGGAAAAGCUAGUGGCGUACUCCUCGGAUCAGGCACACUCCUCCGUGGAAAGAGCUGGAUUGAUUGGAGGAGUGAAAUUGAAAGCCAUCCCUUCCGAUGAGAAGUUUGCCAUGCGCGGUUCUGCCCUACAGGAAGCUCUGGAGAGAGACAAGGCGGAGGGCCUGAUCCCUUUCUUUGUGGUGGCUACCCUGGGGACCACGUCCUGCUGCUCAUUCGACAAUCUCUUAGAAGUGGGUCCAGUCUGUAACAAGGAAAACAUGUGGUUGCACAUCGAUGCUGCCUACGCGGGCAGCUCCUUCAUCUGCCCUGAGUUCCGGCAUCUUCUGAACGGAGUAGAGUUUGCAGAUUCAUUUAACUUCAAUCCCCACAAAUGGCUGUUGGUGAAUUUCGACUGCUCCUCCAUGUGGGUGAAAAAUAGGACAGACCUGAUAGGAGCCUUUAAGCUGGACCCUCUCUACCUGAAGCACAGCCAUCAGGACUCAGGGCUUAUCACCGACUAUCGGCACUGGCAGUUGCCGCUGGGCCGAAGGUUUCGCUCUUUGAAGAUGUGGUUUGUUUUCAGGAUGUACGGCAUCAAGGGACUGCAGGCGUACAUCCGCAAGCACGUCCAGCUGGCCCACGAGUUUGAACGUCUGCUGCACCAGGACCCUCGCUUUGAAAUCUGUGCGGAAGUCACUCUGGGGCUGGUCUGCUUUCGGCUGAAGGGCUCCAACAAGCUGAAUGAAGCUCUUCUGGAAAGAAUAAACAGUACCAAAAAAAUUCACUUGGUGCCCUGUCACCUGAGGGGCAAGUUCGUGCUUCGCUUUGCCAUCUGCUCCCGCACCGUGCAGUCUGCCCACGUGCGGCUGGCCUGGGACCACAUCAGCCAGCUGGCCAGCGACCUGCUGGAUGCAGAGAAGGAAUAGAAGCCCAGCCCCAGAGAUCAAAAGCUGAAAGGAAGUAUACCUGAACACUGUGGAAAGAGAAGAUAUGGCCCAUAUGCCUGUAUGUGGCCUCAUGUUUUCUUCUCUGAAGUUCUCCAGAAGCUUGUGAUUCUGUCUGCUCACUGUCUCAUCAAUGAAGAAACCUUAGUUGCUCUGUGAAAAGUUAAUCCAGUGGAUAUAGCUUUUGUUCAUUAUUUGUCUGUGACUUUUGUUGAUUAAAAAAUCAUAGGUUUUCAUGCUCUUGAAGAGGUCAGAGGUAGGAGAGGCUUAUUGAAAUACUUUCCAGGGCACUCAAGGAUCAUGGGACUUGAGAUUAUACCUGUGGCCUUUAAAUUGUUCUGACACAGGGCUCAAUGAUUAAUAAACAAUUUGAAGUGUGGUGGCCA